AUGGCCGUCACAUACCACAAUGGCAUUUCUAUACUCCAGUUGAUUGUCUACCUCCCUGUCUUCUUCUUAUCCGCCUUCCUUGUGUUUCGUCACGGUCUACGCAGAAGCAGCGGCUUUUUCUUCCUUAAUGUUUUCGCCCAGGCACGUGUCGUGGGCACAUGCUGCGAUCUCGCAACAAUAAACAACCCGACCGCAAUGGGCCUAUAUGUUGCUUCCGCAGUUUGCAGCUCUAUUGGAUUGUCUCCGUUGCUCCUAGCAUGUACAGGACUCCUCUCGCGGGCUAAUCUGUCCGUCAGAAAUACCACCGGCCGUCAGCCACUACCCCAUUUCGCCUUCUACUUCUUCCACUGUUUGACAAUCACCUGUCUAGCGCUCACUGUUGCCGGCAUCACGGCCGACAUGUCCCCUCAGGCUAUGCAAAAUCCCGACAUCAAGAUUAAAGUCGGCGUGAUUUUAUUCUUUGUCUCGUGGAUGGUAAUGUGCCUCUUCUUGGUUGUUCUUGUAUGGCAGCGCGACUCUCUCGAGAAGGGCGAGCACCGCAACAUAGUGGCCGUGGGCAUUUCGGCGCCCUUUCUUCUUGUCCGCAUCCUCUAUUCGGUAGUCAUGUGGUUCUCACGCAACCCUGACUUUAGUUUGUUCAACGGAAAUGUCACUGUGCAGCUAGUGAUGUCUGUCUUGGAGGAGCUUGUCGUUGUUGUUGUGUGUUUGGCCGUUGGGAUGACUUUGCGUGUCCGGGGUAAGACUUCCUCUCGUGAAGAGGAGGUCGAUGCCUCCGAUCACCUUUUGGCUUCGUAUGUGCUCAAGCCCUAUAUUGGUUCUAGGUAA